CGCUCCAACGGCGGGUCCCAACCGGCACCUGCAGCCGUUUUCACGCUUCGUAGCCGCCUUCGGUUCCUCCCCCGAGCGGCUGUGGCCCGGCUCUCCCGCUCUCGGCGUGGUUUGUGUGGACGUCCGCAGUCGGCCUUGGCCCCGGGGGGUUUGUCCCUGGCCUCGGCGUCCCGGGGCAGAGAGCCUGCCACUCUGUCCAGAGCUGUGCCGGCCAUGGAGGAGCCCGGGUCCAGGGCAGAUGCCCUGAAAGGAGUGAUGCCAUGCCCCCUCAGCCGCCCUCUGUUCCAGCAGGAAGACAAGCAAGGGGUCACCUACCGGAUCCCUGCCCUGCUCUAUGUGGCCCCUGCAGACACCUUCCUGGCCUUUGCAGAGAAGCGGUCCACGAGCAAGGAUGUUGAUGCGCUCCACCUGGUGCUGAGGCGAGGGCUGAGGACGGGACGCUCAGUGCAGUGGGGACCCAUGACACCUCUGAUGGAAGCCACGUUACCUCAGCAUCGGACCAUGAACCCCUGUCCCGUGUGGGAGGAGAAGCAUGGCCUCGUGUACCUCUUCUUCAUCUGUGUGCGGGAUCACGUGACUGAGAAGCAUCAGAUUGUGUCAGGCCGGAACGCAGCCCGCCUCUGUGUUAUCUGCAGUGAGGAUGCUGGCCGCUCGUGGGGCGAGGUGAGGGAUCUGACGGAGGAGGUCAUUGGGCCCGAGGUGAAGCGUUGGGCCACAUUUGCCGUAGGCCCAGGUCACGGUGUCCAGCUGCAGUCAGGGAGGCUGGUCAUCCCUGCCUAUGCCUACUAUGUCCCUCACUGCUGCUUUGGCUUCCCGCUGCCCUGUGCCUCCAAGCCUCACUCCCUGAUGAUCUACAGUGAUGAUCUAGGCACGACCUGGCACCACGGCCGACUCAUUCAGCCCCUGGUCUCAGGGGAGUGCCAGGUGGCAGAGGUGACAGGGAGAACCGAUCACCCUGUGUUGUACUGCAGUGCCCGGACACCCAAGAGGUACAGGGCAGAAGCAGUCAGCACGGACAGCGGCGAAUGCUUUCAGAGAUCAGCCCUAAACCAACAGCUCUUGGAGCCCCCGCAUGGCUGCCAAGGCAGUGUCGUGAGUUUCCAGCCCCGGGAGCUCCUACGUGGGUACCAGGCCCCGAGAGGCAAAGACUCUCCUCCCAAGACACCACACCCUCAGCUUGACAACUCUCGGAGACUGCAGCAGGAAGCAGGGAGUGAAUCAUGGCUUUUGUACUCACACCCAACCAGCAAGAAACAGAGGGUCAACUUGGGCAUCUUCCUCAACCACUCGCCUCUGGAGGCUGCCUGCUGGUCCCACCCCUGGGUCCUGCACUGGGGACCCUGCGGCUACUCUGAUCUGGCUGCUGUGGAGAAGGAGGGCUUAUUUGGGUGUCUGUUUGAGUGUGGGAUAGAGCAGGAGUGUGAACAGAUUGUGUUUUGCCUGUUCACGGAUCAAGAGAUCCUGAGUCACAUGCAAGAGCACUGCAUCGACCCUGGCAGGAUCCCCACACUGGUUCAGAGCCCACCAACUUGGCGGGGACCUGGGGAAGGCUCGGGGAAAGGAGAUGAGUGCAGCAGGGGUUGCUGACACCCACAGAGAACCAACAUCAGUACUUUGGCUCUGUUCCUGCUGUGGCUUCUCCUUUUCCAAAAAGCGAAGGGAAAAAAUUUGUUAUAGCUACUGCAGGGAAAACAUCACUCAAGUGGGGGUGGCAGGCCCCGAGGUGGCCCUGACUGUGCCACCAGCCGGCUCUGAACUGUGGACAUGUCUUCUGAGCUCUCAAGUGUCCGUUCGGGAGAUGACAGGAUAUCCUCAGGACUUUGCUUUCCUCUUUCUGCUCCGAGGUCAACAAGGCCACCUACACCUGGGACCCUCAUCUCCAAGUGGACAUCAGAAGACUCAUCUUCCCAAUGACUCAGCAGCUCAUCCAAGUGUACCAUUGAAGAAAGACCUGAAUGGUUGGUUCUGUUGUUCACACCUAACAUGCAACAUCCUUCUAAUCCUGUCCAGAGCUUCACAGGCUCUGGAUCCUAGAGAACCAGACAGAACAAAAUCAUGAGGUCACCUACCUUCUCAAGCUCUAUAGCUUUGCUCACCCUUUCCUUACCCCAGGAAAGCAUGAUGGCCUUGGGAGAAAAGGAGAAGCUAGGGACAGAGAUUCUUAAUAAUGCAACUCACUAUUUCUCCUGCGACAGACUUGAAGGGCCAUCUAUUAAUGUGGGUGGGUUUUGUCACUUUUCUUUGGCCAUACCCAGCGAUACUCAGGGCUCAUUCCUGGUGAUGAUUGACGGACCAUAUGGGGUGCUGGGGAUUGAACCUGAAUCGACCUCAUGCAAGGCAUACACACUUCCCACUGUCCUAUCGCUCCUGCUAAGGUAGUUUCUGAUGGGGAAAGGAUAUGGGUUAGAACUUUCAAACACUGGACGAAACGUUCAUUGUCCCUGCCUCAGGUUGCUCGCAGUUUGUGAGACUGGAAGAGAGAAGAUGCAAGAAAUGAGCAUGACUAGGGGAAAGUUUGUCAGCAGCUUUCGGCCACUGUCUUCCUGGCAUCUCUGUAGCUUGUUCAGGCUGCUGGUACUAUCCUGGCUGUCCUCAGCUGCUUCCCAACCCUCUAGGAAAAUCUCUCAACCCCCAGUUUUCUGAAAUCAGUAUGAAGUAGGGAGGUCACUAUCUUAAUGGUUUGGGGGCUGAACUCUGCUAGGCCUGGAGUUCUUACGUGAUGCCUGAGAGAUCACUGACUCUUUUAUCUCCAUUUCUUCUGUAGCUGGGUAUACAGUGGGAAACAUAUGGGGGUUUUGUUUUGCCCCUGUUAAGGAGGAUCAUGCCUUAACUUAGUGUCGGUAAAUAUAAUUCAUGUUGAGUGAUGCCCCUGGAAAGCACCUCUUUGUCAUGGCAGGUGGCUCAAGAGGCUUGAAGUUGUUCGUUUCCCCCCAAGAGUGGGGACAGCCACAGAAUGAAAAGAGAGCUUAUGUCCCCCAAAAUGAAGGUGGAGCUUAUGUGACCCCACUUCUGCAUGUGACAGAAGUCCAUGGCUUAGAAUGACUUUAAAAAAAAUUUUUUUUAUUAGUGAAUCACCGUGAGGUACAGUUACAGACUUACAAACUUUCAUGCUUGUGUUUCAGUCAUACAAUGGUCAAGUACCCAUCAAAGUACCAGUGCCCAUUUUCUACCAUCAACGGUCCCAGCAUCCCUCCCACUACCUCCCCACCCCCGUCCUCACCCACCACCCCCCGCCUCUGUGGCAGGGCAUUCCCUUUUGUGCUCUCUCUCUCCUUUUGGGUGUUGCGUUUUGCAGUAGAGGUAUUAAGUAGCCAUCAUGUUUCAGCCCGCAUCUCCCAUCUCAAGUGGGCCCUCCUAGCACCUUUACUUGGUGGUCCUUUCUCUAUCUGAGCUGCCUUUUCCCCCAGCAUGUGAAGCCGGCUUCUAAGCUGUGGAGUACUCCUCCUGGUACUUAUCUUUACUACUCUUGGGUGUAAGUCUCCCAUUCUGUUACUGUAUAUUCCACAGAUGAGUGCAAUCUUUCUAUGUCUGUCCCUCUCUUUCUGACUCAUUUCACUUAACAUGAUACUCUUCAUGUUAAUCCCCUUAUGCAAAUUUCAUGACUUCAUCUUUUCUAACAGCUGCAUAGUAUUCCAUUGUGUAGAUGUACCAAAGUUUCUUUAACCAGUCAUCUGUUCUUGGGCACUUGGGGUUUUUUUCCCAGAUUCUGGCUAUUGUAAACAGUGCUGCAAUGAACAUUCAAGUGCAGAUGUCAUUUUUGGAAAAUAUUCGGUGUGCACUGAAAAAAUAUGUGUAUUCUUUCUUUUUGGGUUGCAAAGCCCUCUAUAGACCUAUUUGCCCUCUCUCUUCUAUCUCUUCCUUCAAAGCCAGUGUUUCCUUGCUGAGUUUUAAUCUUGUUUAACUAUUUAGAAGUGAUAGGGCAGUGUUGAAGUCUCCAACUACUAUUGUAUUACUAGCAAUGUCCUUGUUAAAAUCUUUUAGCAGUUAUUUUAAGUAUUUAGCUGGUCCCUCAUUAGUUGUGUACACGUUUAGGAGUGUGAUUUCUUCCUGCUGUACAUAUCCCUUGGUUAGUAAAAAAUGGCCUUCGCUGUCCCUUCUAAUCUUUUUCAACCUGAAAUCUAUGUUGUUGGAUACUACUAUGGCCACCCCGGAUUUUUUGAGGGAAUUGUUUGCUUGCAGGAUUGUUUUUCAUCCUUUGACUUUGAGUCUGUGUUUGCUCUGACUGUUCAGAUGUGUUUCUUGUAGGUAGCAGAAAAUUGGGUUUAGUUUCCAAAUCCAUUUUGCCGCUCUGUGUCUCUUAAUUGGUGCAUUUAGACCAUUGACAUUGAGGGAGAUUAUUGUCAUGGGGUUUUGUGCCAUCUUUCUGUAAGGGUUUGUUGUGCUUGUAGGGUUUUUUCCUUGUCUUAUAGUAGCCCCUUUAGUCCUUUUUUUAAGUUUGGUUUUUAGUCUGUGAAGUUCCUGAGCUAUUGUUUAUCCAUGAAAUAGUGUACCGUUCCUUUGAGUUUGAGUGAGAGUUUAGCUGAAUAAAGUAUUCUUGGUGGGCGUUCAUUUCAUUGAUUUUUUUUCAUUUCAUUUCAUUUCAUUUCAUUUUAUUAAGCUUCCUGCAGCUCAUCUUCAAGCUCGCUGAUUCUGUCUUCAACUGUAGCCAUUCUACUAUUGAGGGCACCCACUGAGUUUUUAAUUUCAUCUACAGAAUCCUUUAUUUGUGACACUUCUUUUUGUAACUUUUUUUAUUUCUGCUCUCAUUUCUUCCUGUAUUUUCUUGGCUGUCCGUUCCAUUGUUUCUUUCAUGUCCUCCUUCAAUUUACUGGAUGUCUGUUGAACCGUUUCUUUGAGUUCAUUGAACAUCUUAAACAUUUCAUCUCUGAAUUCUUUAUCAGAGGGCUCGUAUUUGUGGGUAACGCUUGUUGAGGCGUCUGGACCCUUUUCAUCAUCUUCUCCUCAUGGUGGGGAUUUUCAUUGUUUCUUCAUGUUUUUGUAGUAGUAUGGUGGUGGGACCUUCCACUUCACUAUCAGUAUUCCUCUCUGAUUGCAAGAAAGGGUUCUGGGUGAGCUCGAUGGAUGGUAGUCACCUUUUCCCCUUUCUAGAGUUUCACCUUCCUCUCAGGUGCUCCUCAGUGGCUUAGGUGAGGUCUCUAGUGACGCUUCGGAGGAUGUGUUCUUUUAUAUUGGAUUUGUAGAACUUCUUGUGAUGCCAGUAUUAUGGUGCAACAGGAAUAGGCUACUGGACUAUUGGCCUAAUGUGUUUGAGAUAGUCAGAAUAUUCUCCACAGAAUUAGGUGAUGGAAAUGAAGAUGUGAGUCCAGAGUGCCAGGAAAGGGGAAAAUAACUGCGGCCUCGUGACUGGCAGCUGGCCCCCAAAGAGGCUACGCCCACUUCUGUGGAGGCCAUGCCCCUACAAUGAUGUGGGUGGGGUGCCAGGUGGGGGGGGGGCACAAACGUAGGAGAGGGAGAAAACCUUGAGCAGCCCUGGAGGAUGGCGAGGGGGCGGAUGGGAUGACGCUCUGGGAGGUUGGGUGGCUCAGGGUCCGAGAGGACGCCUGGGGCACAGACGUGGGGUAAACGGCGGUCUGGGUCUAUUGACUGACCUGGGAGAGGGAGAAAACCGGGAGCCUAAAGUGACUUUUAACAUUUGCUUUUGCACUUCUGUAUUUGCCCAUGUUACCUUCCCACUAUCCAGUUAGGAACGUUCAAUCAUCCUUAUACUUGAAAUAUUUCUCAAGUGCCCAGGGAUAAUGUAAACUACUUUUUAUUGCCAUUGCCUGGUUGGAAAUAACUUGUGGUUUCCCAUUGCCUACUAACUAGCAUUUACCUUUAUCCUGGUUUGUAGGGCCUUCACUUAUUGGGUAAAAUAAUAAGUAACUGAUCUUCACACAAAGCCAACAGCCAGAGAAGACCUCUGCCUCAUUGGCGUGUGGGUGAGCAUCCAGGCUUCAGGUGGUGAGAGUCCCGGAGGGGAAGGGGAAGGUGAUGGCAGCUGUGAAGAAAAGGAAUAGCAGAAGAGAAGGGUGCCGGCACCAUUCGGAAGAGAAUGAGUCUCAGCCGGGAGAGAUGGUGUAGGUGGUGGUCGCUGUGAAGAAGAAAUGAACAGGCUGGAGCAGUUCCCUGAGCCCUGGGCAGGGACAGAUGCCUGCACACGCCCGCAGACACGGUUGCAUGAAGUCCGCCCCUACCAAGUUUGUCCUGUCCUUGUUCUUUGCAUCAGUAUUUGGACUGGUUUUUCCUGGUCACCAGGUCUCAAGAUAUCUAGAAGAAAACCACAGCCUUAGAGACGAGACCAGGAGCUC